AUGGGAAUAUCUUCAAAUUCAGACUGUUCUUUUUGUCUUAGCCCUGAAACAUUACUACACAUAGUAGCUGGAUGUCAGUUUUAUCUCGACCGAUUUACGUGGAAACACAAUUCAGUCCUGAACUUUCUUGCUCAUCAGUUACAAACUGUUGACGGUUCUACUCUCUACGCUGAUCUAAAUGGAUUCAAAAGCCCUUCAAUACUUACUGGUGAUACGUAUCGCCCAGAUUUGUUAUUAUCAUGCUCAAAUGGUUCCUUAUUUGUGGUUGAACUCACCACUGGUUAUGAGACAAACCUCAAAAACAACGUAAAACGGAAGAAGGAUAAAUAUAGAGAAUUAUUGAGACAACUAG